CACGUUGUCACUUCAGCACAAUUGCAUCUCCUCCUUCUGCAGUUGAGGUUUUGGUAUCAAUUGCAGUCUCUCCUUCCAUUUCUCCUCGGUUCUCUGUUGGUUUGACAAGUGUCAAGCUUCAUCCUCCACCAUGGCUGCCUCCCACUUCGAAGCGAAGGUCAAGAGCGUUCUCUCUGGCGACACCGUUGUUCUCCACAACAUCAGCAACCCGAAACAAGAACGCAUCCUCAGCCUAGCCUUUGUUACCGCGCCGCGAUUGAAGCGUGAAGGCGACGAGCAGUUCGCCUUCGAGUCACGCGACUACCUCCGCCGUCUGCUUGUUGGAAAGGUCGUACGCUUCCAGGUUCUCUACAAGAUCCCCACUGGCGCCAACCGCGAAUACGGUAUUGUAGCUCUGCCAGACCGCACAGUGCUUCCCGAGCAAGCUGUGGCUGAGGGCUGGCUGAAGCUGCGCGACGAUGCUGGCCGCAAGGGUGAUUCCGACGAGGACGCGCAAAUUCUCGAGAAGCUGCAGGUCCUCGAGGCGCGGGCUAGGGCAGAAUCGAAGGGUCUCUGGGCCGAGACUGGUGGUAGGAUCAACUCGAUCAACGAGCUCAGUAAUUCCCAGCAAUUUGUCGAAGAGAACAAGGGCAAAGAGCUCACUGCUAUCGUCGAGAAGGUCUUGUCUGGCGACCGUCUCAUCGUUCGAUUCAUCAUCUCGCCUACUGAGCACGUCCAAACGAUGAUUCUCCUCGCCGGUAUCCGCGCACCUUCGACACAACGCACGAACACCUCGACUGGCGAAAUACAGGCUGCCGAGCCUUUUGGUGAUGAUGCACAGCUUUUCGUCGAGACCAGGCUGCUUCAGCGAAACGUCGCUGCGAACGUCCUUGGAACAACACCAAAUGGUCAGAUUAUCGCGGAUGUGAAGCAUCCUUCCCAGGGCAGCAUCACACCUCACAUCCUCAAGGCUGGAUUGGCCAAAUGCACCGACCACCACACUACACUUCUCGGAGCGCAGAUGGCUAAGCUGAGGCAGGCCGAGAAAUUCGCCAGGGACAGGCGGCAGGGUCUCUACGAGGGCCACGUCGUGCCCAAGGCGAACGCACCAGGCGAGCUUGAAGCAACUGUCAGCAGAGUACAGAGCGCAGACACCCUCUUCCUGCGAAACAAGGCUGGCGCGGAGAAGCGCAUAAACCUCAGCAGCGUCCGGCAGCCCAAGCCAACCGACCCCAAACAGUCACCAUGGGCACCGGAGGCCAAGGAGUUCCUGCGCAAGAAGCUGAUUGGCAAGCAUGUUAAGUUCCACAUUGAUGGAAAGCGCCCGGCACAGGAGGGUUACGACGAGCGUGAGAUGGCUACAGUUACUUUCCAGGAUAAGAACAUCGGUCUGCUCCUCGUCGAGAACGGUAUGGCCAUAGUCAUCCGCCACCGCCAGGACGACACCGACAGGAGCCCAAUCUACGACGAUCUUCUGCUCGCUGAGGCUACCGCACAGGAGGAGCAAAGGGGUCUGUGGUCUCCCAAAGCACCCUCCGCGAAGCAAUACGUCGACUACUCCGAGUCGCUUGAGAAGGCCAAGCGCCAGCUCACUCUGCUCUCUAGGCAGCGCAGAGUGCCUGCUGUUGUUGACUUUGUCAAGUCCGCGUCUCGAUUCACCGUCUUGAUUCCCCGCGAAAACGCCAAGAUCACGCUCGUUCUUUCCGGUAUUCGCGCACCUCGAUCGGCCAGGAACGACCAGGACAAGGGUGAGCCGUACGGCAAAGAGGCACACGAGUUCGCCAGCAGGCGCUGCCAGCAGCGAGAUGUUGAGAUUGACGUUGAGGACUGCGACAAGGUCGGUGGGUUCAUUGGCACUCUCUACAUCAACCGCGAAAACUUUGCAAAAACACUUGUUGAGGAGGGUCUCGCAUCCGUACACACAUACUCGGCCGAAAAGUCUGGCAACGCAAACGAGCUAUUCCAGGCUGAGCAGAAGGCCAAGGAUGCACGAAAGAACCUCUGGGAGAACUACGACCCCUCUCAAGACGAGGAGUACGCCGAUACCACUGCAGCCGCUGCCCAGACAUCGAACGGAGAUGCUCCAGCAGCCUCGAGACAGAAAGAUUACCGCGAUGUUAUGGUCACUCACGUUGCCGAUGACGGGAGACUCAAGCUCCAGCAAAUCGGCUCGGGUACUUCCGCACUUACAACGAUGAUGAACGCUUUCAGCAAGUUCCACAUGAACCCAGCCAACAGCAAGGGCCUUGACGGCCCUCCUAAGACCGGCGAAUUCGUCUCGGCGAAGUUCUCUGAGGAUAACACAUGGUACCGUGCCCGCGUCCGUCGCAACGACCGUGAGGCCAAGAAGGCCGAGGUAGUCUACAUUGACUUCGGAAACUCUGAGAUGGUUCCCUGGACCAGCUUGCGCCCUCUCGGCGCUGAGUUCUCCAACACCAAGCUCAAGCCUCAGGCCAUCGAUGCCCAAUUAGCCUUCAUCCAGCUUCCUGGCAACCCCGAGUACCUCGCCGACGCCGUUCAGUUCAUCUCGGAGGAGACUGCCGGCCGCUCGCUCGUUGCCAACGUUGAUCAAGCUGACAAGGACGGCCUCCUGUGGGUCACACUGUUCGAUCCCAAGGAGAGCAAGACCGGCGAGGAAAGCGUCAACGCGGAAGUCAUCGCGGAGGGUCUUGCCAUGGUUCCUAAGAAGCUCAAGGCUUGGGAGAGGAGUGCGACAGACAUCCUCGGUGCUCUGAAGCAGAAGCAAGAUGUUGCCAAGGCCGAGAGGCGAGGCCAGUGGGAGUACGGUGACCUGACGGAGGAUGACUAGAUGCAUUUAAGGGCGAUGACGACAGCAGACAUGACAUUAGCUUGCCUGGCAUCGUGAUGCUGGCUGUUUGACCUGACAGAGUGGUCCGCUCAUGCGUUUGUAAUAUCAUUCAACUAUAAACAUCAUAUCUUCUAUCCUUCUGCUACUUUCCAUACAUUCCUCAACAUUGCCAAAUGCAAGGACAUAGGUGGAGUGUGUAUCGUCGUUCCUGAUAUUGCGGUUGGUAGGCGUUCGAGUUUGUUAGACAUACUGCGGUUGGAGUCGUGAUCGCAGAAUGUCAUGUUUUGUCAUGCUUGGAAAAUACAGCGGGAGAUGUUUUUAUUCUGCUCCGUAAGUUGUUUGACUGCGACUUGCAGAGUUGAUGGUGGUUUUCAGAAGAUAGAUUGAAUUGCAAAGGAAGUGCAUGUUGUAUC